AUGUACGAUAUGUACGAUCACCCAACAUUGCUGAGUGUCACACUGUACGAUAUGUACGAUCACCCAACAUUGCUGAGUGUCACACUGUACGAUAUGUACGAUCACACAACAUUGCUGAGUGCCUCAAUGUACGAUCACCCAACAUUGCUGAGUGCCUCAAUGUACGAUAUGAGCGAUCACCCAACACUGCUGAGUGCCUCAAUUGAAAUGUACAUGAAUGUGGAACGCAGGGAAACCAGGUUUGACCCACGUGGUCGUUUCACCACCACUCCCAGAAUGCACAAAUACGACUUUCUGUACAAAGUGCUCGACUCCACUGCCCUGGAGGCUCAGCACCGGAAGUCACGUGCGCGGAGGGACGACGCCGCUAGGCCAAAGACUUCCGUCAAGUCUCCAGAGAGAACCAAGUCCACCCGAAAGUCAUCAGAGCGGGUAAAGUCUAGCCUUGUUCGAUCCUCAAUGAGCCCAAAACGGGAGAGGCGAACGGCAAGGCGAGUGAUCUCCCCUGGGCCGAGCGAUAAACGACGGGGAGAAUCUAGGUCUGCAGUGACGCGUACAGACGGACGGACUGACAAGACUGGGCGGGGCUAUCCGCGGUCCGACCCAACCCCCUUCCAGGAUGACGCCCAGGUCACACAGUCGGAACACCUCGACAUUCACAACGACAGGCGUCCGCUGAUCAGCCCCCGCCUCUCUGAUACCAGCAGACGAGUGGUGCUACACAGAGAGUAUGACAGGCUCGCCAAUUAUGCAAACGGCAUUUUCCAUGACCUCCCUCUCCGCGAGGUUCAAGUCAUCCACCGGUACCGGCCGACUGCUGGACCAACACACGAGCCCAAAUACCAGGGCUUCAGUCGACAUGUGGGGUCAAUACUCAAGUCCAAGGACUUCGUAGACUACUACAACCAGGAAGGUCUGCGAAACGCGUUAGAACAAGAAACCCAGCUUGACAGACGCUCCAAAACAGCAAAGAAAACUAGAUCGCCCGUACGGGGCGCACGUGUAAAGCAGACGACAAAAAGUGCCCGUGACGUCAGUAGGUCUCGUGACGUCACAGGGUCACGUCACACGACUUAUAGUACUAUAGAAGAUACUGUACCCCGAAGCGCUGGGAAAAAAAACGACCCCGUGCAUUUCGUUCACGUGCAAUUUAGACACGAUUGGAAAGUUGGUUCCCGCUUCCUUUGUAAGAAGAGCUGGGAAACAACCGACCCCGUGCAUUUCGUUCACGUGCAAUUAAGACACGCUUGGAAAGUUGGUUCCUGCUUCCUAUGUAAGAAGCGCUGGGAAACAACCGACCCCGUGCAUUUCGUUCACGUGCAAUUUAGACACGCUUGGAAAGUUGGUUCCCGCUUCCUGUGUAAGAAGCGCUGGGAAACAACCGACCCCGUGCAUUUUGUUCAAGUGCAAUUUAGACACGCUUGGAAAGUUGGUUCCCGCUUCCUGUGUAAGAAGCGCUGGGAAACAACCGACCCCGUGCAUUUUGUUCAAGUGCAAUUUAGACACGCUUGGAAAGUUGGUUCCCGCUUCCUGUGUAAGAAGCGCUGGGAAACAACCGACCCCGUGCAUUUUGUUCAAGUGCAAUUUAGACACGCUUGGAAAGUUGGUUCCCGCUUCCCAUGUAAGAAGCGCUGGGAAACAACCGACCCCGUGCAUUUUGUUCAAGUGCAAUUUAGACACGCUUGGAAAGUUGGUUCCCGCUUCCCAUGUAAGAAGCGCUGGGAAACAACCGACCCCGUGCAUUUUGUUCAAGUGCAAUUUAGACACGCUUGGAAAGUUGGUUCCCGCUUCCCAUACAAAAUUCUACAGAAAACGACGAGACAUGCCCUACCGCAAAAUCUGACGACCUGGGAGAGAGACCACAAGCAACUACCGCCGUCGGCCCUGUAUCAGAGGGGCCUGCCGACGGGGAGCAUUGACCGCCCUCCGUCCCCUAACUACAUCCCCCACCCCUCCAUCGACACCACCUCUUCAUACCCCCACAGCCAUGACCCAUACAGACCGCCUGACAUAGAAACACCUUCCUCACCCAAACUCCGCUUAAAGCGAUCUUUGUCAAUUUCGUCUAUAACUUCUUCGGUCAAAGUUUGCUUUGAUAGCGAAGAUAAGUCGGAUAAAGGAUUCACAGGAAGUACUCAGUCAAUUGAUAAAAAUAGCCCGGAAAUUAAUGACACUGGUGGACGCGACGUCAAAGAUGAUGCUAUGAUACCAAAUGACACAACUCCUUCAAAAGACGGGAAUGUCAAAAUAAGAAGUAGGUCAAAUAGUAUAGAGAUAAGAAAAGAAGAAACAAUACGUAACAACGAUCAGAGUUAUAAUGUCAAACAAAUAGUUGUCGUUUCUAGAAAUGAAAAGCAAGAACCGACCGCAAGAAAUGAAGAUACUCCAAAGCCAGAGGGGCAUUCAAUAUUGAAUGACACAUAUUCUACAGAUUUGGACCAACAUAACGGUGAUAUCUCGGAUUUAAAUUCCACCCAGAGAACUAUAACGCCGUCAUUUGACAAUCACUUAGAAGACACGUCUAAACAAGAAAAGGCAAAAGUUAAUGAAGUUAAAACUAAAGCUACAGAACCCACUUGUUCCACACCACAGUCGACCCCAAGGCCAGCAAAACUAGCCCCUCUUGAUCACACACCUGUGUCUAGUCCAAGAGAAGGAAGACGGACAACCAGAAGGAAACGGGGAACUACUGGAAAGGACUCACCCACAACUGAUUCACCAAGACGAUCGAAAAAAUCUUCAAGAGAAAGCAAGGAACAACAAAACACAUCAGUGGAUUCUACUGGCAGUGCUUCUACUCCAAGGAAGCAGCUUGCACAAAGGAAGCUAGAAAAACAAAUAGCUAGUCGGAGUCCUCGAGUGAAUGACGAAAGUAGAAAAGCUCGAGUGAAUGACUCGAAAGUUUUCUAUGUUGUAGGAACCAAAGAAUCUAAAGGAAAAUGGGCAGCUAAGUCAGAGAUAGAAGAACAUGAUAAACACGAAGAAUAUGACAAGUUAAGUCUACAGGAUAUUAAGUCGGCUGACACAGAAAAUGAAAAUGAUACUGACAGAAAUGUAACACAAGAAAAUGAAGUACCGAGACUUGAUCUAAGGACAGUAACGGACGUGACUGGGGAAACUGACGUCAAUAGGCAUGAGAACAAUAAUGUUAAUGAAAAACAUGAACACAUUAAUAACAAAGUUACAAGAACAGUCAAUAUGCAAGAAGAAAUGACAUUUACUCCUGCAGUAGAUCAAAAUAACUCAGCAGUUACAAAACGAGACAUUUGCAUUGAUACAACUGAACCAAACGAAAAGGCAAACGAAGUUAUCUAUGAAGAUGAUUUUGAGGAAGUAUCAGAUGAAGAAAAAUCAGUCCCUAAGGUGAAGGAGAAAGGCAUUUAUGAUGAAGAACCUAUCAGUCUAGACAAUGAAGUACGAAAGAAAACCUCAAAAAUAGAGACAGGUGUUGAACUACAAUCUGAUACAAACCGUGUAGUUGUAAAGAGCGCGGCCACAAGUGACAUAUACAAUGCUCGGGACAUGGAUGUGGUAAAUGUAAGCAAGGAAGAACUAGAGAUAAAAACACAGCAUCCAAAGGAAAGCCAAGGUCAGAGUAUAGGUACGGUAGUUAUAUCAAAUUCAACAAUCAAUACCCUUGUCAUUUCUAGCGACACUGCUCUUGAUCUAAGCAAGUUGAACACAAUGGGUGUAAAGUCAGAGGAGCCCUCUGAUGUAUAUCAAAGUGGGAAAACACAAGAAACAACUGAUGACUUGCCUACACCGGAUGUUGUCUCUGACCCAAAAAUUAUAGAUGACAUUCUCCCAGAACCAGACGUGCUGUCAGAGACUGACAAACCUUCUGAUGCUGCUGAAGUGAGGAAUGUAGUACAGCAAGGUACACUGAACGGUGAUGCAGUUAAUAGGCGCACCGGGAGGCUUGCACUUAUAGGUGAAAGGGUAAUAGAGCUCAUGUCAACGGAAAUGCAAACAAUUUGUGAGGGAUCUACACAGACUGAAAAUUCAGUGCAUGUACAGACAAUCUCUGAAGCACAAACACAAACAUUCACAUCUAAAGAAGAACACACAAACAAUGAACCAGAAGCAAUUGAAGGCAAAUCACUAAAUAAUGCAACAGAUAUUCUAGCGAAAACAGAUAGCGAACAUGUAUCUGAGCUGAUUCAUGGCAAAGUAACUGAACGUAUAGUUAGAGAAGACAAAGUACCAGCAACUAAAGCAACAGAAGACAAAGUACUUAAACUUGAAGUGACAGCAGACAAAGCAGCGCAACAUAAUGUAAUAGAAGACAAAGAAUCUGAACCUGAAUUGUCAGAAGACAAGGAAAUUGAACCUGAAACAACCAAGCAUAAAGUGUCUGAGCUUGAAGAACCAGCAGACAAAGUAUUGGAAUCUGAAGAGAAAAAAGAUAAAGCACCGGAACCAGAACCAACUGAAGACAAAGUACCACCAGAACAUGAACAGACAGAUGACAAAAAAUCGGAACAUGAAGUCACAGAAUGCAAAGAAAAGGAACCUGAAGUAACGGAAGACAACGUAUCCAAUCCCGAAGUGACAGAAGACAAGGCAAUGGAAUCCGAAGUACCUGAAGACAAAGUGGUUACACUUGAAGUCACAGAGGACAAAGUAUCGGAACUUGAAGUGACAGAAGACAAAGUAUCCGAGCCUAAAGUAACAGAUGACAAAGUGCCGGAACAUGAAGCGACAGAAUAUAAAGUACCGGAACCAGAAACAACAGAAGACCAAGUACGAGAACAUGAAAUGACAGAAGACAAGUUACCGGAACAGGAAGUAACGGAAGACAACGCAGCGGAACCUGAAGCGACCGAGGAUAAAUUGCAUGCAUUUGAAGCAACAGAACACAAAGUAUCGGAACCCGAAGUGAAAGAAGAAAAUGUUACAGGAACUGAAACAAUAAAAACUCAAUUGCAUGAAAAAUCAGAAGACAAAGUAUUCGAACCUGAAAUUUCAGAAGAAAAGGAAACGGAAUCUGAAGGAACCGAAUUCAAAGAGCCUGAACUUGAAGUAACGGAAGACACAGUGUCGGAACCUGAAGUAAUAGAAGACAAAGUGUCUGAAACUGAAGUUAUAGUAGACAAAAUCUCGAGACCUGAAGAAACAGAAGAUACAGCACCGGAACCAGAAAUAACAGAAGACAAAGUUACAGAACCAGAAGCAAUAGAAGAUAAAGUGCAAGAACCUGAUAUGACAAAGAAUACAACACCAGAACAUGAAGUGACAGUAGACAAAGAACCGACAAGUGAAGUAACAGGAGGUAUAGAAGAUGCACCUCAAGUUACAAAAGACAAAGUAAUGAAACCUGAAGUACCAGAAGGAAAGGUACAAGGCAAAGAGACAAAAGACAAGGUACCGGACUCUGAAAUGACAGAAUGCAAUGUUACUGUACAUGCAGCAACAGACGACAAAGUUACAGAACCUGAAACUACAGACCAAGAAGUACCGGAACAAGAAGUGACAGAAGACAAAGCAGCAAAACCUAAAAUGACAGAAGACAAAGCUCCUGAACCUGAAGUAACAGAAAACAAACCUACUGAACCCGAAGAAACGGCGGACAAAGCACCUGUAUCUGAAGCAACAGACGACAAAAUAACGAAAACUGAAAUAACAUACGAAAAUGUUCCGGAACAAGAAGUUAAGGAAGACAUGGACACAGAGCUAAAAGUGACAGAUGACCAAGUACCACAAGACGAAUUGCCAGAAUCUGAGGUGAAAGAAAAUAAAGUAUCGGAAACUGAAGUGACAGAUGACAAGAUACAUGAAACUAAAACGACAGAAGAUAAGAUACCAGAAACAGUAGUGACAGAAGACAAGGUACAUGAAGCUGUUGUGACGGAAGACAAGGUACCGGAAACUGAAGUGACAGAAGAUAAGGUACCGGAAACUGAAAUGCCAGAAGACAAGGCAUCUGAAACGAAAGUGACAGAAGACAAGAUACUUGUAACUGAAGUGACAGAAGACAAGGUACCUGAAACUGAAGUGACAGAAGACAAGGUACAUGAAACUGGAGUGACAGUAGCCAAGGUACCUGAAACUGUUGUGACAGAAGACAAGGUACUAGAAACAGAAGUGACAGGAGACAAGAUACCUGAAACUGAAGUUACACAAGACCAGGUGCCUGAAACUGAAUCGAUAAAAGACAAGAAAACUGAAAUUGAAUUGACAGAAGACAAAGUACCUGAAACAGAAGUGACAGAAGCCAAGGAACCUGAAACUAAAGUGACAGAAGAGAAUGUACCGGAAUCUGAAGAGAAUGAAGACAAAAGACCGGAAACUGAAGUGACAGAAGAGAAAAGACCGGAAACUGAAGUGACAGAAGAUCAGGUACCUGAAACUGAACUGACAGAAGAGAAUGUACCGGAAACUGUUGUGACAACAGACAAGGUACCUGAAACUGAAGUUACAGAAGAUAAGGUACCUGAAACUGAAGUGAAAGAAGAUAAGGUACAUGAAACUGAAGUGACAGAAGACAAGAAAACUGAAAUUAAAGUGACGGAAGAAAAGGUACCUGAAACUGAGGUAACAGAAGCCAAGCUUCCUGAAACUCUUGUGACGGAAGACAAGGUACGGAAAACUGCAGUGACAGAAGACAAGAUGCCUGAAAGUGAAAUAACAGAAGAUAAGGUACCGGAAACUGAAGUGACAGAAGACAAGGUACCUGAAACUGAAGUGACAGAAGACAAAAUACCUGAAACUGAAGUGACAGAAGACCAGGUACCUGAAACUGAAGUGACAGAAGACAAGAUACCUGAAACUGAAGUGACAGGAAACAACAAAACUAAAAUUGAAUUUAGAGAAGACAAGAUACAUGAAACUGAAGUGACAAAAGACCAGGUGCCUGAAACUGAAUCGACAGAAGACAAGAAAACUGAAAUUGAAUUGACAGAAGACAAGGUACCUGAAACAGAAGUGACAGAAGCCAAGGAAACUGAAAUUGAGGUGACAGAAGAGAAUAAACCUGAAACUGAAGUUACAGAAGCCAAGCUACCUGAAACUUUUGUGACAGAAGACAAGGUACGGAAAACUGAAGUGACAGAAGAAAAGGUACUGGAAACAAAAGUUACAGAAGACAAGAUAUCUGAAACUGAAGUGACGGAAGAUUUGGUACCUGAAACUGAAGUGACAGAAGACAAAGUACCGGAAUUUGAAGUGACAAAAGACAAGGUACCUGAAACUGAAGUGACAGAAGAUAAGGUAUCGGAAACUGAAAUGCCAGAACACAUGAUACCUGAAACUGAAUUCACAGAAGACAAGGUACCGGAAACUGAAGUGACAGAAGAUAAAAUACCGGAGACUGAAGUGACAGAAGACAAAGUACCGGAAACUGAAGUGACAGAAGACAAGUUACCUGAGACUGAAGUGACAGUAGAUACGGUACCGGAAACUGAAGUGACAGUAGACAAGGUAGCUGAAACUGUUAUGACGGAAAACAAGGUACCAGAAAAGGAAGUAACAGGAGACAAGAUGGCUGAAACUGUUGUGACGGAAGACAAGGUACAGAAAACUGAAGUAACAGAAGACAAGGUACCAGAAACUGAAGUGACAGAAGAUAAGGUAUCGGAAACUGAAGUGACAAAAGACAAGAUACCUGAAACUGAAGUGAUAGAAGACAAGAUACCUGAAACUGAAGUGACAGAUGACAAGGUACCGGAAACUGAAGUAACAGAAGACAAGGUACCGGAAACUGAAGUGACAGAAGAUAAAAUACCGGAGACUGAAGUGACAGAAGACAAAGUACCGGAAACUGAAGUGACAGAAGACAAAGUACCGGAAACUAAAGUGAAAGAAGAUACGGUACCGGAAACUGAAGUGAAAGAAGACAAGGUAGCUGAAACUGUUAUGACGGAAGACAAAGUUCCAGCAAAGGAAGUGACAGGAGUCCAGAUAGCUAAAACUGUUGUGACGGAACAGAGGGUAUCGGAAACUGAAGUAACAGAAGGUAAAGUACCGGAAACUGAAGUGACGGAAGACAAGAUACCUGAAAAUGAAGUGACAGAAGACCAGGUACCUGAAACUGAAGUGACAGAAGACAAGAUGCCUGAAAGUGAAGUUACAAAAGACAAGAUACCUGAAACUGAAGUGACAGAAGAACAGGUGCUAAAAACUGAAGCGACAGAAGACAAGAAAACUGAAAUUGAAGUGACAGACGAUAAGGUACCUGAAACUGGAGUGACAGAAGCCAAGGUACUUGAAACUGUUGUGACGGAAGACAAGGUACCAGAAACGGAAGUGACAGGAGACAAGAUACCUGAAACUGAAGUAACACAAGAGAAUGUACCAGAAACUGAAGUGACAGAAGACAAGGUACCCCCAACUGAUGUGACAGAAUAUAAGGUACCGGAAACUGAAGUAACAGAAGAUAAGUUACCGGAAUCUGAAGUGACGGAAGACAGGGUACCAGAUACUGAAGUGACAGAAGAUAAGGUACUGGAAACUGAAGUGACAGAAGACAAGGUACCUGAAACUGAAGCGCCAGAAGACAUGAUACCUGAAACUGAAGUGACAGAAGACAAGAUAUCUGAAACUGAAGUCACAGAAGAUUUGGUACCUGAAACUGAAGUGACGGAAGAAAAGAUACCUGAAACUGAAGUGACAGAAGACAAGAUGCCUGAUAGUGAAGUGACAGAAGACAACGUACCGGAAACUGAAGUGACAAGAGAUAAGGUACCGGAAACUGAAGUGACGGAAGACCAGGUGCCUGAAACUGAAUCGACAGAAGACAAGAAAACUGAAAUUGAAUUGACAGAAGACAAGGUACCUGAAAGUGAAGUGACAGAAGACAAGAUGCCUGAAAGUGAAGUGACGGAAGACAAGGUACCUGAAAGUGAAGUUACAGAAGACAAGAUGCCUGAAAGUGUAGUGACAGAAGACAAGGUACCUGAAAGUGAAGUUACAGAAGACAAGAUGCCAAAAAGUGAAGUUACAGAAGACAAGGUACGUGAAACUGUUGUGACGGCAGACAAGGUCUCAGAAACCGAAGUGACAGGAGACAAGAUACCAGAAACUAAAUAUACACAAGAGAAUGUGCCAAAAUCUGAAGUGACAGAAGACACGGUAACCGCAACUGAAGUGACAGAAGAUAAGGUACCGGAAACUGAAGUAACAGAAGAUAAGUUACCGGAAUCUGAAGUGACGGAAGACAAGGUACUGGAAACUGAAGUGACAGAAGACAAGGUACAUGAAACUGAAGCGCCAGAAGACAUGAUACCUGAAACUGAAAUGACAGAAGAUAAGAUACCUGAAACUGAAGUGACAGAACACAAGGUGCCUGACAGUGAAGUAACAGAAGACAAGGUACCGGAAACUGAGGUUACAGAAGACAAGGUACCUGAAACUGAAGUGACAGAAGACAAGGCACCUGAAACUAAAGUGACAGGAGAAAAGGUACCGGAAACUGAAGUGACGGAAGACAAGGUACAAGAAACUGGAGUGACAGAAGUAAAGGUACCAGAAACUGAAGUGACAGAAGACAAGGUACCUCCAACUGAUGUGACAAAAGACAAGGUAACUGAAACUGAAGUGACAAAAAACAAGAUACCUAAAACUGAAGUGACAGAAGACAAGGAGCCUGAAACUGAAGUGACAGUAGACAAGGUACCUGAAACUGAAGUGACAGAAGACAAGGUAACUGAAACUGAAGAGACAGAAGAUUUGGUACCUGAAACUGAAGUGACAGAAGAAAAGAUACCUGAAAAUGAAGUGACAGAAGACAAGAUGCCUGAUAGUGAAUUUACAGAAGACAAGGUACCGGAAACUGAAGUUACAGAAGACAAGGUACCUGAAACUGAAGUGACAAGAGAUAAGGUACCGGAAACUGAAGUGACGGAAGACCAGGUGCCUGAAACUGAAUCGACAGAAGACAAGAAAACUGAAAUUGAAUUGACAGAAGACAAGGUACCUGAAAUUGAAGUGACAGAAGACAAGAUGCCUGAAAGUGAAGUGACAGAAGAUAAGGUACCUGAAAGUGAAGCUACAGAAGACAAGAUGCCUAGAAGUGAAGUGACAGAAGACAAGGUACCGGAAACUGAAGUGACGGAAUACAAGAUAUCUGAAACUGAAGUGAUAGAAGAACAGGUGCCAAAAAGUGAAGUUGCAGAAGACAAGGUACCUGAAACUGUUGUGACGGAAGACAAGGUAUCAGAAACGGAAGUGACAGGAGACAAGAUACCAGAAACUGAAUGUUCACAAGAGAAUGUGCCAAAAUCUGAAGUGACAGAAGACAAGGUAACCGCAACUGAAGUGACAGAAGAUAAGGUACCGGAAACUAAAGUAACAGAAGAUAAGUUACCGGAAUCUGAAGUGACGGAAGACAAGGUACUGGAAACUGAAGUGACAGAAGACAAGGUACAUGAAACUGAAGCGCCAGAAGACAUGAUACCUGAAACUGAAAUGACAGAAGAUAAGAUACCUGAAACUGAAGUGACAGAAGACAAGAUGCCUGACAGUGAAGUAACAGAAGACAAGGUACCGAAAACUGAAGUUACAGAAGACAAGGUACCUGAAACUGAAGUGACAGAAGACAAGGCACCUGAAACUAAAGUGACAGGAGAAAAGGUACCGAAAACUGAAGUGACGGAAGACAAGGUACAAGAAACUGAAGUGACAGAAGUAAAGGUACCAGAAACUAAAGUGACAGUAGACAAGGUACCUGAAACUGAAGUGACAGAAGACAAGAUAACUGAAACUGAAGUGACAAAAGACAAGAUACCUAAAACUGAAGUGACAGAAGACAAGGUGCCUGAAACUGAAGUGACAGUAGACAAGGUACCUGAAACUGAAGUGACAGAAGACAAGGUAACUGAAACUAUUGUGACGGAAGACAAGGUACCGGAAACUGAAGUGACGGAAGAUAAGGUUACGAAAACUGAAUUGACAGAAGACAAGAUAGCUGAAACUGAAGUGACGGAAGAUAAGGAACCUGAAACUGAAGUGACAGAAGACAAGGUACCUGAAACUGAAGUGACAAAAGACAAGAUACCUGAAAUUGAAGUGACAGAAAAAAAGGUACUGGAAACUGAAGUGUCAGAAGACAAGAUACCUGAAACUGAAGUGAGAGAAGACAAGUUUCCUGAAACUGAAGUGACAGAAUACAAGGUAGCUGAAACCGUCGUGGCGGAAGACAAAGUACCGGAAACUGAAGUGACAGAAGAUAAAGCACCGGAAACUGAAGUGCCGGAAGACAUGAUACCUGAAACUGAAGUGACAGAAGACCAGGUGCCUGAAAUUGAAGUGAGAGAAGACAAAAUGCCUGAAAGUGAAGUGACAGAAGAUAAGGUACCGGAAACUGAAGUGACAGAAAACAAGAUACUUGAAACUGAAGUGACAGAAGACAAAGUACCGGAAAAAGAAAUGGCAGAAGACAAGGUAAUUGAAACUGAAGUGACAGAAGACAAGGUGCCUGAAACUGAAGUGAUGGAAGAUAAGGUACUUGAAACCGAAGUGUCAGAAGACAAGAUACAUGAAGCUGAAAUGACAAAAGACAAGGUGCCUGAAACUGAAGUGACGGAAGACAAGUUACCUGAAACUGUUGUGAAAGAAGACAAGUUACUUGAAACUGAAGUGACAGAAGACAAGAUUCUGGAAAUUGAUGAGACAGAACUCAAGUUACCGGAAGAGAAGGUUACGGAAAGGAAAGAGACAAAAGACAAAUUAACGGAAACUGAAUUGACAGAGGACAAAUUGUCGGACACUGAAAUGAUAGUGGUCAAGGUAUCGGAAACUGAAGUGACAAAAGACAAAGUACUGGUCCCUGAAGUUGUAGUAGAGAUGGUACUGGAAUCUGAAGUAACCGAAGACAAUGUACCGGAAACUAAAGUAAGAGUGGACAAGGUACUGGAUACUGAAGUGACAGAAAACAAAGUAACGGACACUGAAAUGAUGGAAGACGAAAUUUCGAAAACUAAAUUGACAGAAGACAAAUUACCGGAAACCGAGGCGACAGAAGACAAAGUUCUUGAACCUGAAGCACCAAAAGACAAAGUGACAGCAGACAAGUUGACUGACCGUGAAACAGAAGAAAAAUCACCUGAAAAGAUAGAAUACAAGGUACCGGAAAAUAAAUUUUUAGAAGACAAGCUUACGGUUACUGAAGUGAUAAAAGACAAAGAACCGGAACCCGAAGUGGCAAAAGAAAACUUCCCGGAACAUGUAGAUACAGAAGAUAAGGAACCGGAAACGGAAUUAGCAGAAAACAAAAUACCGGAACCUGAACUGACAGAAUACAAAUUACCAGAAACAAAAGUAACAGUAGACAAAUUACAAGAAGCAGAAGUAGCUGAAGACAAAGUUACAGCACCUGAACUGUCGAACAACAAGGUAACAGCACUUCAUGAAACGAUAGACAUAAUUAAAAAAUCUGAACUGUUAGAAGACAAGGUAACUGAACAUGAAGUCACAGAAAACAAAGUACUGGAACCAGAUUUUACAGGUACCAAAAUUUCUGAGCCAGAAGUAACGGAAAACAAUGUUUCCGAUCCUGAAAGGGCAGAAGAAAAAGUAAGUGAACCUUCGGUUACAAAAGACAAAGAACCAGAAGCAGAAGUUAGAGAAUACAAUGAGCCCGAGGAAGCAGAAGUCAAGGUACAAGAACCUGAUUUGACAAACGAAGAGGUACCGGAGCCUAAAGUAACAGAAUUCAAUGUAUCAAAAGCGGAAGUAAUGGAAUACAAAGUAUCGAAACAAGAAAUGAAAGAAGACAAAGUAUCAGAACCUAAAGAAACAAAAGAGAAAGUGCCUGAACCUGAUUUGACAGAAAACAAAGAACCAAAGCUAGCAGAAGUCAAGGUACAAGAACCUGAUUUGACUAACGAAAAAGUACUGGAGCCGAAAGUAACAGAUUACAAUGUAUCAGAAGCGGAAGUAUUGGAAGACAAGGUGCCGAAACCCAAAAUAAAGGAAGACAAGGUAUCAGAACCUAAAGAAACAAAAGAGAACGUGCCUGAGCCUGAAAUAGCAGAAGACAAUAUACCGAAACCCGAGAUUUCAGAAGAAAAAGAUGUUGACAUACUAAGAAGGAAAGCACAAGAACGUGAAAAAUCUCAAAAAGUUGUAAAUGUAUCUGAAAUAUCAAACUAUAAUGAAACAGAUGAAAAAGAACAAUCGAAUACCAAUAUUGUUUUAUUUGGGCCAGCUUGUGAACCAGUAGAAGCAAUUUCAUUCGAGUCACUGCAUCAAGAUAUAUUUCCAAAUGAUACUCCAAUAGGUUAUUCCCACUAUGAAAGACAAACUCGUCAACCAUUAAACGAUACGUUGUUUUUACCUAUAAAUAUUACAUCACAUACCGAUACCGACGAAAUAUUACCUGGGGACAAAGGCAUUGAGAUCAAUAAAGAUAAGGGUACAGAACCUGUGAAAAUAGCAGAUAAACGCGAGACCGUGGUCAUUGAGACAACUGAAGACAAGGAGCAGGACAUCGGGGUCACUAAGACCACGGAAGACAAGGAACCAGAGGCCGAGGUAUCUGAGAUCACUGAAGGUAAGAAACCAGAGGCCGAAUCUAGUGAAGAAAAAGAAUCAAAGGCAUUGGUAGUGUUAUCUGAAAACAUGCAACUAGAGACCGAGGCCGCUGAAAUCACUGAUCACAUGGACUCAGAGGUAAAUGUCACUCAGAUAAAUGAGUUCCUAGAAGACAAGAAACCAAAGGCCGCGGUUACUGAGAUGACUGAAGAUAAGGAACCAGAAUUUGAUGUCACUGAAGAUAAGCAAUCAGAGGCCGAGGUCAAUGACGACAAAAAACCAGACGCCGAGGUCACUGAGAUCAUUGAGGUUAAGGUAACCGAGACAAACGUUAAUGGAAUCACUGAAGACAAAGAACAAGAGACAAAGGUAACUGAGAUUACUGAAGACAAGGAACCGGAGGCCAAGGUAACUGAGAUUACAAAAGACAAGGAACCGGAAGCCGAGGUAAGUGAGAUCAUUGAGAACAAAGACAAAAAGACCAAGGACACUGACAUCACUGAAGACAAGGCACGAGAGCACGAACAGAAUGAGAUCCCUGAAGACAAUGAACAACAGGCUAAGGUCACUGAGCUCACCGAAGACAGGGAACCAGAGGAAAAGGUCACUGAGAUCACUAAAGAAAUAAAAUCAGAGUCUGAGGACAUUGAGGACAAGAAACAAAAGACCGUGGUCACUGAAGACAGGGAACCAAAAGUUGAGGCCAAUGAGAUCACUCAAGAAUGGAAACAUGAGGCCGAAGUCACUGACAUUUGUGAAGACAAACUACAAGAGACCGAGACUACUGAAGCCAAAGAAGCAGAGGUCGAUGUCACUGAGAUCAUUGAGGACAAGGAACAAGACGUCAAGGUAACAGAGAUCUCUGAAGAUCAAGAACAAGAGGAAGAAAUGACUGAGACUUUUAAAGACAAUGGGCAAGAGGCGAAGGUUACUGAGAUUAUUAAAGACAAAGCUUUGGAGGUCAAUAUCACUAAGAAAACACAACAAGUGGCCAAGGCGAUUCACAUCACUGAAGACAAGGAAUCAGAUGCCGAGUUCACUGAAGACAAGGAACCAAAUGCAGAGGCCGCUGAAGACAAUAAACCAGAAGCCGAAGUCACUAAGACCCCUGACGACGAGGAUCAAGAGGCCAAGUUCACUGAGAUCAGUAAAGACAAAGAACAAGAGGCCGAUAAUACUGAAGACAAGGAUCCAGAGGUCGAGGUAAGUGAGAUCAAUGAGGACAAGGAACAGGAAGCCACUGAGAUCAGUGAAAACAAAACACAAGAGGUCGAGACUAUUGAAGACAGGGAAUCAGAGGCACAUAUCACUGAUAUCACUGAGGACAAGAACCAGGAAGACAAACUCACUGAGAUCACUGAGAAUGAAGAAACAGAUUCCGAAUUCAGUGUGGUCAUUAAAGACAAGGAAAAAGAAGCGAAGAUCACUGAGAUCACUGAAGACCAAAAACGAGAUGCAAUACCCAUGUUCAACGAAAAAACUAAAGAUCAGGAAGCAGAGAACAUGGUCACUGAAGACAAGGAACAAGAGACCGAGGUCAUAGAGAUCAGAAAGGACAAUGAACAAUAUGCCAAGGUCACUGAGAUUAGUAAAGAAAAUAAACAAGAGGCCUUGGGUCCUGAAUACAAGGAAGGAGAUGCCAAGGUCAUUGUAAACACCGAGGACAAGAAACCAGAGGCCAAGGUCAUUGAGACCACUGACGACGAGGAACAAAAGGCAAAUGAUGGUGCAAUCACGUAUGACAAGGAACAAGAGGCCGAGAUUAUUGAAGAGAAAGAACCAGAGGCCACUGAGGACAAAAAACAAGAGGCCAAGGUCACAGAGAUUUUUGAAGACAAAGAACAAGAGGCCGAGAGUACUGAAGAUAUUAAACCAGAGGCCGAGGUAAAUGAGAUCACUGAUGUCAAGGAACAAAAAGCAAAGCUAACUGAGGUCACUGAAGAACAACAUCAAGAGGGCGAACUGACUGAAAUUCCUGAAGACAAAGGACACGAGGGGAAAGUAACUGAGAUCACUGAAUACAAGGAAUCAGAGCCCGAGGUUAUUGAGGACAAAGAACAUGAGGCCGAGGACACUGACAUCACUGAACACAAGGAACCAGAGGCCGAUGUUACUGAAGACAAGCAACCAGAGGCCGACUUGACUAAGUUCACUGAGGACAAGUCACAGGAGACCAAGGUAACUGAUAGCACUAACGUAAAGGAAAUAGAAGCCGAGGUGACUGAUAUAACUGAAGAUAUGAAAGCAGAGGCCAAAGACACUAAGAUCACAGAAGGCAAGGAACCAAAACACGAGGUCAUUGAGAUCACUGAGGAAAAGGAACAAGAGGCAAAUGACAUCAAUAUCACUGAUGAUAACAAAUUAGAAGAGGUGAUUGAAGAGAAGGAACCAAAGGCCACUGAGGACAAGGAACAAGAGGCCAAGGUCACUGAAAUCCCUGAUGACAAGGAACAAGAGGUCAAGGUGACUGAGCUCACUGAAGAUCAAGAUCAAGAGGGCGAACUGUCUGAAAUUCCCGAAGAAAAUGAACACGAGGCGAAAGUGACUGAGAUCAGUGAAGAUACACAACAAGAGGCCGAGGCUAAUGAAGACAAGGAACAAGAUGCCGAGGGAACUGAAAUCCCUGAUGACAAGGACCAAGAGGUCAAGGUCACUGAGAUCACUGAAUACCAAGAUCAAGAUCGCGAACUGACUGAAAUUCCCGAAGCAAAUGAACAUGUGGGGAAGGUGACUGAGAUCAGUGAAGACACACAACAAGAGGCCGAGACUAAUGAAGACAAGGAACAAGAGGUCAAGGUCACUGAGAUCACUGAAGACCAAGAUCAAGAGGGCGAACUGACUGAAAGUCCCAAAGAUAAAAAACACGAGGCGAAGGUGACUGAUGUCACUGAAUACAAGAAAUCAGAGACCGAAGUUACUGAGGACAAGAAACAAGAGGUCAAUGAUACUAACAUCACUGAAGACAAGAACCAAGAGGCCGUGGACACUGAAGACAAGCAACCAGAGGCCGAGUUGUCUAAGAUCACAGAGGACAAGGAACAAGGGGCCAUGGUCACUGAGUUAAGUGAAGACAGAUCACAAGAAGCCGAGGCUAAUGAAGAUAAGGAACCAGAGGCCGAGGUAACUGAGAUCACUGAGGACAAGGAAGAAGAGGCCAAGCUCUCUGAAAUCAAUGAAGAUACGGAAUCAGAGGUGACUGAGACUAUUGAGGACACACAGCAAGGGGCUGAGACUACUGAAAAAAAGGAACCAGAUGCCGAGGUUACUGGGAUCACAAACUACAAUGGACAAGAGGCCAAUGUCUCUGAGAUCAAUGAAGACAAGCAAUCAGAGGCCGGGGUGACUGAGAUAACUGAAGACAUGGAAGCGAAAGUCGGUGAGAUCACGGAAGACCAAUAUCAAGAGGGCGAACUGACCCAAAUUCAUGAAGACAAAGGACACGAGGGGAAGGUAACGGAUAUCACUGAAUACAACGAAUCAGAGCCCGAGGUUACUGAGGACAAAGAAUAUGAGGCCGAGGUCACUGACAUCACUGAACACAAGGAACCAGAGGCCGAGGUUACUGAAGACAAGGAACCAGAAGCCGAGUUGACUAAGAUCGCUGAGGACAAGGAACAAGAGACCAAGGCCACUGAUAACACUCAAGAAAAGGAAUUAGAAGCCGAGGUGACUGCUAUAACUGAAGAUAUAAAAGCAGAGGCCAAAGUCACCGAGAUCACAGAAGGCAAGGAAUCAGAAUACAAGAUAAUUGAGAUCACUGAGGAAAAGGAACAAGAGGCAAAUGAUAUCGAUAUCACUGAUGAUAACAAAUUACAAGAAGAGGUCAUUGAAGAGAAGGAAUCAGAGGCAACUGAGGACAACAAACACGAGGCCAAGGUCACUGAAAUCAAUGAAGGCAAACAACAAGAGGCCAAAGCUAAUGAAGACAAGAACCCAGAGGCCGAGGUAACUGAAAUCCCUGCUCACAAGGGACAUGAGGUCAAGGUCACUGAGAUCAUUGAAGACCAAGAUCAAGAGAGCGAACCGACUGAAAUUCCCGAAGAAAAUGAACACGAGGCGAAGGUGACUGAUAUUAGUGAAGACACACAACAAGAGGCCGAGACUAACGAAGACAAGAACUUAGACUCCGAGGUGACUGAGAUCACUGAGGACAAGGAACAAGAGGCCAAGAUCACAGAAAUUAGUGAAGGCACACACCAAGAGGCCGAGGCUAAUGAAGACAAGGACCCAGAGGCCGUAGUAACUGAAAUCCCUGAUGACAAGGAACAUGAGGUCAAGGUCAAUGAGAUCACUGAAGACCAAGAUCAAGAGGGCGAACUGACUGACAUUCCCGAAGAAAAUGAACACGAGGCAAAAGUGACUGAGAUCAGUGAAGACACACAACAAGAGGCCGAGGCUAAUGAAGACAAAGAACCAGAGGCCGAGGUAUUUGAGAUCAUUGAGGAUAUCGAACAAGAGGCCAUGGUAACUGAAAUGAGUGAAGGCUCAAACCAAGAGGCCACGGCUAAUGAAGACAGGGAACCAGAGACCGAGGAAACUAAAAUCCCUGAUGACAAGGAACAUGAGGGCAAGGUCAUUGAGAUCACUGAAGACCAAGAUCAAGAGAGCGAACAGACUGAAAUUCCCGAAAUAAAUAAACAAGAGGCUAAGGUCACAAAAAUCAGUGAAGGCACACAACAAGAAGCCGAGGCUUAUGAAGACAAGGAACCAGAGGCCGAGGUAACUGAAAUCCCUGAUGACAAGGAACAUGAGGUCAAGGUCACUGAGAUCACUGAAGACCAAGAUCAAGAGAGCGAACCGACUGAAAUUCCCGAAGAAAAUAAACACGAGGCGAAGGUGACUGAAAUCAGUGAAGACACACAACAAGAGGCCGAGGCUAAUGAAGACAAGGAACCAGGGGCCAAGGAAACUAAAAUCCCUGAUAACAUGGAACAUGAGGUCAAGGUCAUUGAGAUCACUGAAGACCAAGAUCAAGAAAGCGAACCGACUAAAAUUCCCAAAGAAAAAAAACAAGAGGCCAAGGUCACAAAAAUCAGUGAAGGCGCACACCAAGAGGCCGACAAUAAUAAAGACAAGGAACCAGAGGCUGAGGAAACUGAGAUCACGGAGGACAAGGAAGAAGAGGCCAACCUUUCGGAGAUCAAUGUUGAUAAGGAAUUAGAGGCCGGGGUGACUGAGACUACUGAGGACACACAAAAAGAGGCCGACACCGCUGACGAAAAAGAACCAGAGGCCGAGGUUACUGAGAUCACUGACUACAAUAAACAAGAGGCCAAUAUCUCUGAGAUAAAUGAAGAUAAGGAAUCAGAGGUCGAGGUGACUGAGAUAACUGAAAAAAUGGAAGCCAAAGUCAGUGAGAUCACGGAAGACCAAUAUCAAGAGGGCGAACUGACUCAAAUUUAUGAAGACAAAGGACACGAGGGGAAGGUAACUGACAUCACUGAAUACAAGGAAUCAGAGCCCGAGGUAACUGAGGACAAAGAACAUGAAGCCAAGGUCACUGACAUCACUGAACACAAGGAACCAGAGGCCGACGUUACUGAAGACAAGGAACCAGAAGCCGAGUUAUGUAAAAUCAUUGAGGACAAGGAACAAGAGACCAAGGUCACUGAUAGCACUCAAGAAAAGGAAUUAGAUGCCGAGGUGACUGAUAUAAUUGAAGAUAUAAAAGCAGAGGCCAAAGUCACCGAUAUCACAGAAGGCAAGGAACCAGAACAAGAGGUCAUUGAGAUCAAUGAGGAAAAGGAACAAGAGGCAAAUGACAUCGAUAUCACUGAUGAUAACAAAUUAGAAGAAGAGGUCAUUGAAGAGAAGGAAUCAGAGGCCAUUAAGGACAAGGAACAAGAGGCCAAGGUCACUGAAAUCAAUGAAGGUAUACAACAAGAGGCCGAGGCUAAUGAAGCCAAGGAAUCUAAGGCCGAGGUAACUGAAAUCCCUGAUGUAAAGGAACAUGAUGUCAAGGUCACUGAGAUCUCUGAAGACCAAGAUCAAAGGGGCAAACUAGCUGAAAUUCCCGAAGAAAAUGAACACGAGGCGAGGGGGAUUGAGAUCAGUGAAGACACACAGCAAGAGGCCGAGACUAAUGAAGACAAGAAAUUAGAGUCCGAGGUGACUGAGAUCAUUGAGGACAAGGAACAAGAGGGCAAGGUCACAGAAAUCAGUGAAGGCACACACCAAGAGGCCGAGGCUAAUGAAGACAAGGAACACGAUGCCGAGGUUACUGAAAUUCCUGAUAACAAGCAACAAGAGGUCAAGUUCACUGAAAACCAAGAUCAAGAGACCGAACUGACUGAAAUACCCCAUAAAAAAGAACACGAGGCGAAGGUGACCGAUAUCAUUGAAUACAAGGAAUCAGACUCCGAGGUUACUGAGGACAAAGAACAUGAAGCCGAGGUCACUGACAUCACUGAACACAAGGAACCAGAGGCCGAAGUUACUGAAGACAAGGAACCAGAAGCCGAGUUGACUAAAAUCACUGAGGACAAGGAACAAGAGACCAAGGUCACUGAUAGCACUCAAGAAAAGGAAUUAGAAGCCGAGGUGACUGAUAUAACUGAAGAUAUAAAAGCAGAGGCCAAAGUCACCGAGAUCACAGAAGGCAACGAACCAGAACACGAGGUCAUUGAGAUCACUGAGGAAAAGGAACAAGAGGCAAAUGACAUCGAUAUUACUGAUGAUAAGAAAUUACAAGAAGAGGUCAAUGAAGAGAAUGAAUCAGAGGCCACUGAGGACAAGGAACAAGAGGCCAAGGUCACUGAAAUCAAUGAAGGUAUACAACAAGAGGCCGAGGCUAAUAGAGACAAGGAACCUGAGGCCGAGGUAACUGAAAUCCCUGAUGACAAGGAACAUGAGGUCAAGGUCACUGAGAUCUCUGAAGACCAAGAUCAAGAGGGCAAACUGACUGAAAUUCCCGAAGAAAAUGAACACGAGGCGAGGCUGACUGAGAUCAGUGAAGACACACAGCAAGAGGCCGAGACUAAUGAAGACAAGAAAUUAGAGUCCGAGGUGACUGAGAUCACUGAGGACAAGGAACAAGGGGCCAAGGUCACAGAAAUCAGUGAAGGCACACACCAAGAGGCCGGCGCUAAUGAAAACAAGGAACACGAUGCCGAGGUUACUGAAAUUCCUGAUAACAAGCAACAAGAGGUCAAGGUCACUGAGGUCACUGAAAACCAAGAUCAAGAGACCGAACUGACUGAAAUUCCCCAUGAAAAAGAACACGAGGCGAAGGUGACUGAUAUAUUUGAAUACAAGGAAUCAGAGACCGAGGUUACUGAGGACAAGAAACAAGAGGUCAAGGACACCGACAUCACUGAAGACAAGAACCAAGAGGCCGUGGUUAAUGAAGACAAGCAACCAGAGGCCGAGUUGUCUAAGAUCACUGAUGACAAGGAACAAGAGGCCAUGGUCACUGAGAUCAGUGAAGACAGACCACAAGAGGCCGAGGCUAAUGAAGAUAAGGAACCAGAGGCCGAGGUAAGUGAGGUCACCGAGGACAAUGAAGAAGAUGCCAACCUUUCGGAGAUCAAUGAAGAUAAGGAAUUAGAGGCCGGGGUGAAUGAGACUACUGAAGACACACAGCAAGAGGCCGACACCGCUGACGAAAAAGAACCAGAGGCCGAGGUUACUGAGAUCACUGACUACAAUAAACAAGAGGCCAAUAUCUCUGAGAUCAAUAAAGACAAAGAAUCAGAGGUCGGGGUGACUGAGAUAACUGAAAACAUGGAAGCCAAAGUCAGUGAGAUCACGGAAGACCAAUAUCAAGAGGGCGAACUGACUCAAAUUCAUGAAGAAAAAGGACACGAGGGGAAGGUAACUGAUAUCACUGAAUACAAGGAAUCAGACCCCGAGGUUACUGAGGACAAAGAACAUGAAGCCGAGGUCACUGACAUCACUGAACAAAAGGAACCAGAGGCCGAGGUUACUAAAGACAAGGAACCAGAAGCCGAGUUGACUAAAAUCACUGAGGACAAGGAACAAGAGACCAAGGUCACUGAUAGCACUCAAGAAAAAGAAUUAGAAGCCGAGGUGUCUGAUAUACCUGAAAAUAUAAAAGCAGAGGCCAAAGUCACCGAUAUCACAGAAGGCAAGGAACCAGAACAAGAGGUCAUUGAGAUCACUGAGGAAAAGGAACAAGAGGCAAAUGAAAUCGAUUUCACUGAUGAUAAGACAUUAGAAGAAGAGGUCAUUGAAAAGAAGGAAUCAGAGGCCACUGAGGACAAGGAAAAAGAGGCCAAGGUCGCUGAAGUCAAUGAAGGCAUACAACAAGAGGCCGAGGCUAAUGAAGACAAGGAACCUGAGGCCGAAGUAACUGAAAUCCCUUAUGACAAGGAACAUGAGGUUAAGGUCACUGAGAUCACUGAAGACCAAGAUCAAGAGGGCGAACUGACUGAAAUUCCCGAAGAAAAUAAACACGAGGCGAAGGUGACUGAGAUCAGUAAAGACACACAACAAGAGGCCAAGACUACUGAAGACAAGAAAUUAGACAUCGAGGCGACUGAGAUCACUGAGCACAAGAAACACGAGGCCAUGGUCACAGAAAUCAGUGAAGGCACAAACCAAGAAGCCGAGGCUAAUGAAGACAAGGAACCAGAGGCCGAGGUAACUGAAAUCCCUGAUGACAAGGAACUUGAGGUCAAGGUCACUGAGAUCACUAAAGACCAAGAUCAAGAGAGCGAACCGACUGAAAUUCCCAAAGAAAAUGAAAACGAGGCGAAGGUGAAAGAAAUUAGUGAAUACACACAACAAGAGGCCGAGACUAAUGAAGACAAGAAAUUAGAGUCCGAUGUGACUGAGAUCACUGAGGACAAGAAACAAGAGGCCAAGGUCACAGAAAUCAGUGAAGGAACACACCAAGAGGCCGAGGCUAAUGAAGAAAAGGUACAAGAGGCCGAGGCUAAUGAAGACAAGGAACAAAAGGCCGAGGUUACUGAAAAUCCUGAUAACAAGAUAGAAGAGGUCAAGGCCACUGAGGUCACUGAAACUCAAGAUCAAGAGACCGAACUGACUGAAAUUCCCGAAGAAAAAGAACACGAGGUGAAGGUGACCGAAAUUAUUGAAUACAAGGAAUCAGAGACCGAGGUUACUGAGGACAAGAAACAAGAGGUCAAGGACACAGACAUCACUAAAGACAAGAACCAAGAAGCCGUGGUUAAUGAAGACAAGCAACCAGAGGCCGAUUUUACUAAGGUCACUGAGGACAAGGAACAAGAGGCCAUGGUCACUCAGAUCAAUGAAGACAGACCACAAGAGGCCGAGGCUAGUGAAGAUAAGGAACCAGAGGCCGAGGUAACUGAGAUCACCGAGGACAAGGAAGAAGAGGCCAACCUUUCGGAGAUCAAUGAAGAUAAAGAAUCAGAGGCCGGGGUGACUGAGACUACUGAGGACACACAACAAGAAGCGGACACCGCUGACGAAAAAGAACCAGAGGCCGAGGUUACUGAGAUCACUGACUACAAUAAACAAGAGGCCAAUAUCUCUAAGAUCAAUGAAGAUAAGGAAUCAGAGGUCGUGGUGACUGAGAUAACUGAAAACAUGGAAGCCAAAGUCAGUGAGAUCACGGAAGACCAAUAUCAAGAGGGCGAACUGACUCAAAUUCAUGAAGACAAAGGACACGAGAGGAAGGUGACUGACAUCACUGAUUACAAGGAAUCAGACCCCGAGGUUACUGAGGACAAAGAACAUGAAGCCGAGGUCACUGACAUCACUGAACACAAGGAACCAGAGGCCGAGGUUACUGAAGACAAGGAACCAGAAGCCGAGUUGACUAAAAUCACUGAGGACAAGGAACAAGAGACCAAGGUGUCUGAUAGCACUCAAGAAAAGGAAUUAGAAGCCGAGGUGACUGAUAUAACUGAAGAUAUAAAAGCAGAGGCCAAAGUCACCGAGAUCACAGAAGGCAAGGAACCAGAACACGAGGUCAUUGAGAUAACUGAGGAAAAGGAACAAGAGGCGAAUGACAUCGAUAUCACUGAUGAUAACAAAUUACAAGAAGAGGUCAUUGAAGAGAAGGAAUCAGAGGCCAUUAAGGACAAGAACCAAGAGGCCAAGGUCACUGAAAUCAAUGAAGGUAUACAACAAGAGGCCGAGGCUAAUGAAGACAAGGAACCUGAGGCCGAGGUAACUGAAAUCCCUGAUGAUAAGGAACAUGAGGUCAAGGUCACUGAGAUCUUUGAAGACCAAGAUCAAGAGGGCAAACUGACUGAAAUUCCCGAAGAAAAUGAACACGAGGCGAGGGUGACUGAGAUCAGUGAAGACACACAGCAAGAGGCCGAGACUAAUGAAGACAAAAAAUUAGAGUCCGAGAUGACUGAGAUCACUGAGGACAAGGAACAAGAGGCCAAGGUCACAGAAAUCAGUGAAGGCACACACCAAGAGGCCUGCGCUAAUGAAGACAAGGAAAACGAUGCCGAGGUUACUGAAAUUCCUGAUAACAAGCAACAAGAGGUCAAGGUCACUGAGGUCACUGAAAACCAAGAUCAAAAGACCGAACUGACUGAAAUUCCCCCAGAAACAGAACACGAGGCGAAGGUGACUGAUAUCAUUGAAUACAAGGAAUCAGAGACCGAGGUUACUGAGGACAAGAAACAAGAGGUCAAGGACACAGACAUCAUUGAAGACAAGAACCAAGAGGCCGUGGUUAAUGAAGACAAGCAACCAGAGGCCGAGUUGUCUAAGAUCACUGAGGACAAGGAACAAGAGGCAAUGGUCACUGAGAUCAGUGAAGACAGAUCACAAGAGGCCGAGGCUAGUGAAGAUAAGGAACCAGAGGCCGAGGUAACUGAGAUCACCGAGGACAAGGAAGAAGAGGCCAACCUUUCGGAGAUCAAUGAAGAUAAGGAAUCAGAGGCCGGGGUGACUGAGACUACUGAGGACACACAACAAGUGGCCGACACCGCUGUCGAAAAAGAACCAGAGGCCGAGGUUACUGAGAUCACUGACUACAAUAAACAAGAGGCCAAUAUCUCUGAGAUCAAUGAAGACAAGAAAUCAGAGGUUAGAGUGACUGAGAUAACUGAAAACAUGGAAGCCAAAGUCAGUGAGAUCACGGAAGACCAAUAUCAAGAGGGCGAACUGACUCAAAUUCAUGAAGACAAAGGACAUGAGGAGGAGGUAACUGAUAUCACUGAAUACAAGGAACCAGAGCCCGAGGUUACUGAGGACAAAGAACAUGAAGCCGAGGUCACUGACAUAACUGAACACAAGGAACCAAAGGCCAAGGUUACUGAAGACAAGGAACCAGAAGCCGAGUUGACUAAAAUCACUCAGGACAAGGAACAAGAGACCAAGGUCACUGAUAGCACUCAAGAAAAGGAAUUAGAAGCCGAGGUGACUGACAUCACUGAACACAAGGAACCAGAGGCCGAGGUUACUGAAGACAAGGAACCAGAAGCCGAGUUGACUAAAAUCACUGAGGACAAGGAACAAGAGACCAAGGUCACUGAUAACACUCAAGAAAAGGAAUUAGAAGCCGAGGUGACUGAUAUAACUGAAGAUAUAAAAGCUGACGCCAAAUUCACCGAGAUCACAGAAGGCAAGGAACCAGAACACGAGGUCAUUGAGAUCACUGAGGAAAAGGAACAAGAGGCAAAUGACAUCGAUAUUACUGAUAAUAAGAAAUUUGAAGAAGAGGUCAUUGAAGAGAAGGAAUCAGAGGCCACUGAGGACAAGGAACAAGAGGCCAAGGUCACUGAAAUCAAUGAAGGCAUACAACAAGAGGCCGAGGCUUAUAAAUACAAGGAACCUGAGGCCGAGGUAACUGAAAUCCCUGAUGACAAAGAACAUGAGGUCAAGGUCACUGAGAUCUCUGAAGACCAAGAUCAAGAGGGCAAACUGACUGAAAUUCCCGAAGAAAAUGAACACGAGGCGAGGGUGACUGAUAUCAGUGAAGACACACAGCAAGAGGCCGAGACUAAUGAAGACAAGAAAUUAGAGUCCGAGGUGACUGAGAUCACUGAGGACAAGGAACAAGGGGCCAAGGUCACAGAAAUCAGUGAAGGCACACACCAAGAGGCCUGCGCUAAUGAAGACAAGAAACAAGAUGCCGAGAAAAAGAACACGAGGCGAAGAUGA